GACUUUUUUAAAUAUGCAUAUAAAUAUGUGAACUUCGUUUGAAAUUCUUACAUUUCAAUUCAAAUGGCGAUUAGGUCAGUCACUUCACUAGACAUUUCUCUUCGUUUCGUUCCCUCCAUUUCAUCUCGCUUCGCCUCCUCCUUCUCUGCCCAAGAACACGACACCGUUUCAGACUCCGCCGACCAUGAACAACUCCGCAUCGACCUCCCCACUCUCCAACACUCCACCGACGCCGACACGCUCGCUCAGAUUCUCCUCCUCCACCACAAUCCCUUCCACGCCAUGGAAUCCUCUCUCCAGCUCCAGGGCAUUGCCUUCUCUUCUAACCUCUUCCAGCAAACUCUCCUCCGCCUCCGCCACAAUUCCAAGAUUGCCGUAUCCUUCUUCCACUACUCCCUCUCCCUCCCUUCUGACGAGCCACUUCACUCCUCUGCCUCGUACAAUCUUCUCAUCGACAUUCUCGGCAAGGUCCGCCAGUUUGAUCUCGCUUGGCAGCUUAUUAUUCUCAUGGACCAGCGAAAAAUCGCGCCCACCUCCGUAACAUUCGCUAUUAUGAUUCGUAGACUAAUCGCCGCGGGACUUACGCGACAGGCUAUACGAGCGUUCGAUGACAUGGAGAUCUUUGUUAAAGAGAAGGUCGAUGUUGACGCCUUUUGUUUCCUCCUCGACACCUUGUGUAAGUAUGGCUACCCGAAGGUUGCGGAUGAGAUUUUUAACCAGAGGAAGUGGACGUUUAGUCCCAAUGUGAGGAUGUAUACUAUUUUGAUAUACGGAUGGUGCAAGAUUAAUAGGAUUGACAGGGCUGAGAGAUUUUUGAGAGAGAUGAUUGCGAAAGGGAUCGAACCAAAUGUGGUGACGUACAAUGUGAUCUUGAAUGGGGUUUGUAGGAAGUCGAGUUUGCAUCCAGAGUGGAGGUUCGAGAGGACUAUUUGGGAAGCAGAGAAGGUGUUCGAUGAAAUGCGUAAGAGAGGGAUUGAGCCAGAUGUCAUGAGUUUCAACAUAUUGCUUCAUGUGUACAGUCGGGCCCAUAAGCCGCAAUUAACAUUGGAUAAGUUAAACUUGAUGAAGCAGAUGGGUAUUUCUCCAACCGUGGCCACAUAUACUUCAGUCAUCAAGUGUCUUUGUUCAUGUGGGAGGCUUGAGGAUGCCGAGGCGUUGCUCGAAGAGAUGACGAGGAAUGGGGUUAGUCCUUCUGCAGCAACUUAUAACUCUUUCUUCAAGGAAUACAGGGGAAGAAAUUACUCAGAGAAUGCCUUGAAAUUGUAUAGGAGGAUGAAGGAGGAGGGUUUAUGCUCCCCUAGUUUGAACUCAUACAACAUAUUAUUGAGCAUGUUUAUGAAGUUGAACCAAAUGGAGGUUGUCAAGGAGAUAUGGGAUGAAAUGAAAGUGAGUGAUACAGGGCCAGAUUUGGAUUCAUAUACAUUAUUGAUUCAUGGGUUAUGUGAGAAGAAAAAAUGGAAAGAGGCUUGCCAGUUCUUUGUAGAGAUGAUAGAGAAGGGUUUGCUGCCUCAGAAGGUUACGUUUGAGACCUUGUACCGGGGCUUAAUACAAUCUGACAAGUUGAGAACCUGGAGAAGAUUGCAGAAAAGGCUGGAUGAAGAGUCAAUAACAUUUCGUUCUGAGUUCCAAAAUUAUCACUUGAAACCAUAUAGAAGAUAAUGUAACAUUGUUUUACAGCUUAAUACAGUCCUUGGCUAUAAAAUUUGACGCUUUA